AUGGUGAUGUCCCAGGGCACAUACACUUUCCUGGCCUGCUUUGCUGGGUUCUGGCUGGUGUGGGCUCUCAUCGUCAUGCUGUGCUGCUUCUGUAGCUUCAUCCAGCGGCGUCUGAAGAGGAGGAGGGAGGAGAGGCUGAGGGAGCAGUGUCUGAGGGCCCUGGAGAUGGAGCCACUGGAGUGCCUGGGCCCAGGGGGGUUGGCUGGGUACCCCCCCUCCAGAGAGCCCCUCCAUUUCUGCCCCCCGCUGACCCUCUCCCCUCCGCUGCACAUUCCUCACUCCCUCCCACAGGGCAGCUGGGCCUCCCCUCAAGGUAAUGUACCGAUACAGUACUUUUCUUUAUACUGCUUUGAAUAUUCUACCACACAGAUACAGAUGCACACACACACACACACACACACACACACACACACACACACACACACACACACACACACACUAUGACUAAUUAAGAUUAGACUGCAGUACUUUGAAUCAUACACACUUAAACCUUUUAGCUCUUUGUUGCUCAUGUUUACCAUGCAACCUCUUUACAGCUCCUUUUCCAGUUCAAUAUGAAUGCAAUAUAAACACACAAAGAGCAUAACUCAGGAGACACCUGCAGUUUUAUGUACAUUACAUGCUACAGCCAUGACAGCAGUGACUCUGAAGGUUUUUUGCUGUAAGCUCUCAUUGUAUCUGUAGCUGCCUUCCUUCAUGGGUGACAUGGUGACAGUUAGCGCUGUAGCGUAGGCGAUGCGUGGGCAGAGCAGUGGCAGAGUUAGCAGCACAGCAGCCAGCGCAAUGACAGAGACUGCUAGCAGCUCGACACUUAGUAGGCGCUAACGGCGUGACAGUCAGUCAAUGGAGUGAAAGGUAGGCUAGCAGCAGCCAUUGAAAUAGAUAGAGGGCUAGCAAGCACAACAGCCAGACAGAGGAACUCAGUACCAAGGCAGCAAGGACAGGCUGGUUAAGGGGUGCACCUCAGAGUGGUAGAAAAAUGGGGAUACCCUCCCCCAAAUGACAUUAUAGCUCCAGAACAUAAAAUGGCUACAAAAUAAUUGAUAUGCAAAGGCACAGCUGGCGUUCAUACAUUUUAUAAAUGUAAUUGAACAUGCUUAAUUUACAUUUUUUAUUGCCAUUUCCUCAUGGUGAGAUCCAUAGGUCUCCAGCAUUGGAGAGGGCUUUUUCCAAUAAAACCUUCCUCCCUGCAGCUGCUGCUGUGCUUGCAUCAUAGGGGCUGUCCUUGGCGGCAGAUGUGGGCCCCAGACCCCCAGGGUCACGGAGGCUGAGAUUAGCAAUCCUGUCCCCAGAGGAGGUGGCUCCACUCUGGGCUGUCCCUGAGCCAUGUCCCCCCCUUCCCCCUUCCACCACCCUCCAAAGCCCUGCCAGCCCUCUGCACCUGUGGCCCUCUCUAGGUUUGGAGGCAUUGCUGUCACUGGAAACAAACAGCCGCCUGGCGCAGCACAUGAAACACUCCUUUCAUCUCCCAGUGCUCUGAGCCUCCAUUGUUACUGUAUGGAAGUAAUGUUUAUUCAUACAUAUAGAGGCUGGGGCUAAUAUUACAACAGGGACCAGAGCAGGGCGUUAUGAACGUGUGGUGGAAAAAGAGAUCAUAAUAACUAUAGUGUAAUUGGUUGUGGAUAUGUGGACUCAUACAGGCAUGUACAGUACAUACAUAGCGGAUCAGUGCCACCAUGACAACACUUCAACACAUGCUGUGUAGAAUUUCCAUAUCACACGUUCCAUAUCCUUGACAUCAACCAGUUGUCGUGGUUUUAGAGAGCAGCAACAUUUCUUCCAUUGGAAAACACUCUGAAGUGCAAAGUGGUAUGGCUCCCUGGAAUAUAUAGGGAGAAUCUCAAUUGCAUACUCCUCGCAUCCUCUCUCCUCGCCUCCUUCUUCAAACCGAUUGGAUGAGAAAGCCAAGGGUCCCUCCUAUCUGACCUUCUCCUCCAGUGGGUUUUGAGGAGGCGAGGAGAGCGGACAAGAGGAGUAUGCAAUUGAGGUUCUCCCAUUAUAUAGUAUAGACAGACUGUGGGUAGUCUUUGAAAGAGAUGGGGGCUGGGAAAUUGAGUUUAUGACUAGUAGUACCUCUCCCUUUAUCAGCCUGGGUUUCCACACUGGAGGAAGUAACACUGUCAAAGCACUACAAACAAAGCACUCUAGAGGUGUGGUCAGAGGGUGUGUCAUUGUUAUUAGCCUAGCCAGCUACAUUACAACCCUCCGGAUUCAUCACCGAGUAGUCAGAGUCUAAGGAGAUAUUACUGUUUGCUCCACAUCCUUAUCUCUGACCUGUAUUCUCUUGUUCAAACCACAAGUGUAUCAGAGUUUCCAGGCGUGAAUUACCUAUAACAGUAGUAACCUCACACAACGUAAUUCGAAAGGAAGUCGUCCCUAUAUGGCAAACCCUAGGGGCGUGAACAUGCGUUCACAACAACACUUCAUACAGCUGAAUGUACUUUACCGCCCACUAUCACAACUAUUUUACAGCUUUGAUGUUAUUGCCUCAUGCUUCCUGACUGUUUGUCACAUCAAAGCAUGCUUACUAUGUUUUAUGUGUCAAUUGCAAUGAUACCUGCUUUCAAAGAUAGAAAAAACAGAGAUAAAAGAAAUGUUCUAUAUUCUGAGAUGAUCAAAAGCCCAAAACAAUGAUAUAUUGAUGAUAUAUUCAUUACAAUCGACAUGACGAGUGCUGGGGACUAUAAGGUUCUAUCUACAAAAAGAAAGUUCCGAACCCUUAUCUGUUUAAAUGGUGUCAGCAAUUUAUAUCUUAUAUUCUUUUGAACUUAAUUAACAACAUGAAUUGGGGUAUUUAGAGGACUAUAUGGGUAGAGAACAUUAAACAGAACAAUAACUCAAUUUGGACAAAAAUGCAGAUAGAACCUUAUAGUCCAAAGCUCUCAAUGAUUUGUUUCCCCUGAAGAGAAAUGCACAGUGCUUUCAGAAUUCAUUGUCUGAUUCACACUGGGCACCCUGAACACUAGUACUGGCUUGGCUUGGCUUGGCUCGGUUCGGCCCUACAGUGCGAAUCAGACACAAGUCUAUCUACCCGCUCUCCUCUACUCUCAUUCCAUCUUUUACUGAUCCCUCUCUCUGUGUCCCACCUGUUCUGUUCCUGUGGGUUUUCUCUUUGUGAGCUUUGAAGGGAGUGAAUCCAGAUGAUUGUGCUGAAUACAUCAGUAAAUUAGCCUCCUACUGGCUUGAGUGUUCCUGUCAAAACAAAUAUGUCAUUAAGCUCUCUUCACACUGUGUGUGUGUGCAUGCGUGUACGUGUGUGAAGCCAUUCAGCACUAUAAAAUGCACAGAGUCCGAAUUGAGUCAUCAAAGAAGCCUUUAUUGUCGGCUACGGUACUCAUCAAUGGAACGCUCACCGCUCAACCUGUGUUCCACAUGAUUCACAGUUUAAAGGCAGAGUUGUCAGUGUAGGAGGUGGACUUGGCAGUGGUAUCAGUAACUUUAGAUGUAUAGUCAGCCAUCUGAGCUGACUGAGGCGUCAGUGGAGCUACUGCUACAUUAACGUUAUGUAAUAGCCAGCAGGAGUCAGUUUAGCAAUGAUAAUCACCCACACAACCUUAUACCACAGGAUCCCUAAGGUCUACCUUUAGACCUAAACACUGACAAUAUCAUGGCCCAAUCUGACUGUGUCCAUGGUAAAGUGGCAUUUGAUAAUAAUGAUGGAUUUGGUUUAUAUUAAGCUUUUCCAAUGCUAACUGCACUUUACAUUGUAAAGGGGAAACUAACAUACUGUAUGUUUGUCUGUUUCCUCCCCAGAGACGGACGUGUUUGGAAAGCCCCCCUGCUAUGAGGAGGCUGUUCUAAUGGAAGACCCCCCUCCUCCCUACUGUGAGGUGCUGGCUGACAGCCAGGGGGGCACCAACACAAAGCCUGCCUCCCGGACCUCCAGGCUGGAGCAGCAGGAGCCUGAGACCGCCAAGACCCCCCCCGUCACGGUGUUCUCUGAGCGGGGCUACUCCUCCCUGAUCCGCCUGCCCACCGCCCGACGCUGGGACUCCCUGGGGCACCUGCUCUCCACCAUGGACCUCAACCACAACACCCUCCCCACGGAGCCCCUCUCCCUGCAGGCCCAGGCCACCGCUACCAUGCCCCGCGAGGGCCGGACUCACACACAGCCAGAGCUGGGGCUGAGAAGUAUCCAGGGGCUCAGGGGGCUAGAGCAGAGCUGUGGCCUGCCCACGGCCUUCCCUCUGCUGGGUCGCAGCACGGCCGUGUAG